AUGAUGGAGAAAGCCUGUACGGAUGCACAGUGGUCUGCACAUGCCAAGACUUACAGUUCUAUCUUCGGUUCUUUAACUGCUCGCUGGGCUGUCGAUUCGCUACAAAUUGCGUAUCAUAUUAUCCUCGAAAAGCUUCAGCAGCACGAAAUGAAGAAUUCUGGUGACCCUUUUCACUUCCUAGACGUUGGCUGUGGCCCCGGUAUUCUAAGCUUUGAGUUUGCACGUCGAUUUCUCACUCUUCCGACGGGGAUUCGUAUCACUGCUUCGGAUCUGUCCGAUGCCAUGUUGCAACAGUUGAAUACAGCGCUGAAAGAGGACCCAACGUUGCGUCUUUUUAGUCCGAAAAUCAUCACGUUGCAAUCUGACGGGAUGAUGCUAGAGCAAGUACUCGAUGCAUCAGUUGAUGUAGUUGGAUCCAAUUAUUCAUCGUAA